AUUUCCGACCAUGAUCCGAUGACACUAUUUAGGUGGUUCAGAAAUAAGUACGGUAAAACAUACGCCACGAAAACUUUAGAAACGCAGAGAUUUGAAACUUUCAAGAAAAAUUUGAUAAAAAUAAGAAUACUCAAUACCAAUCGUAUGGACACCGCCAGUUUUGGAGUCACCAAAUUCACGGAUCUCAGCAGCGAAGAAUUCGUGAAACUAGUGGGUGGCGAGAUCGGCCGCAAAGUCAGGCGCAAAGUUCGUCGAACCAAAAAACCGGCCAGACGAGGAGCUCGCCAUCCAAAACCAAACCAGAGGCCAAAUCCGCGGUCAUUGAACCCGCGUGGUAUCAGCAUACACAGAUUAUUCUCUUGGUCAUCUAACUCCAAACGGACCACCGGUUGGAGGUCCUCGAGAACAUCAACUAACCGGCCGUUUACGAGGUCAUCGGACGCCCGUCAACAAUCAUCUACAACAAGACAUUCCAGAACAAGCGCCAACCCGUCUUUGCAGAGGUUCUACAUGGACCCUGUCGGAAGUCGGCAGCCGCCACGUCGGCCACAACUCUCAGGGUAUGACCCUCGUGGUUCUCCUCUAAAGGAUUGGCGUGUCCCUGCUAAUCUCUAUCCUCCAGUUGAGAAACAGUGGACAGAUCAAUAUUAUUGUGGAAGCUGCUGGUCAUUUGCGUGCGCAGCAGCUGCAGAAAUCCUUUACGCCAGACAAGAGAGAAGUAUCACCAUGCUCUCCAAACAAGAUCUGAUCGACUGCGUGGGUGAGAAUGACGGAUGCGAAGGCGGUAGCAUACACGAGGGCCUAGAAUGGAUGUCCAGUUUUGGUGUCUCUUUGGCUCAUGAAUACCCUUUUACCGCGGUCACGGGUGCUUGUCAAUAUCUCGAAACUUACCUGAGGAUUGGGUCCUAUCGACGCCUUGGCACAGACAACGAUUGGCCGCAGACCUCCUUAAUGGAAAGGGAGUUGGAGACUAGUCCCUUGACGUGUGGAAUCCCAAAUUUUCCACUGGAGCUUCAGUUCUAUACGGGAGGAGUUGUAGCUCCUGAAUGCAAUGGGCCACUCGGUCAUGCUGUGGUCAUUGUCGGACAUUAUGCAGAGGCGUGGAUCAUACGGAACAGCUGGGGAGUUGACUGGGGUAUUCAGGGACAUUUUCUGCUACAAAAAAACUCAUGUGGAGUAGGAUACGACGUACAUAGAAUAGACGGUCCGCUUGAAGAGGUCUUCUGGAGUGAACCGCCUUCCUCAUCCGACUCCUACAUUAGCGCAUAAUGCCACGAAUCCAUUGACAAGUCACGAAUAAAUCCUCAAUACCUCCUGAAUGAAAUAUAUUUUGUUAAAUAUA